GGCAAAUAACUUUGUUAUUGCCAACAUGGCAGCCGAAGUGGACGUGCACAAUUUGACUGAAAUCGAAGACAUAGAGAGGGCUUAUGCUCUCAUUCAGCAACAUGAAGAGCAACUCGACCGUGAAUUGGAUGCCCUCUUGGAUGGACAACAAAGACUUGACGUAAAAAUGAAUUCCCUUCAAAAAGUUGUCCCUAGUUUACAAGUUGUAUUACGGGAUGCUGAUAAACUACAUCAAAUGAUCGAGCAUACUGCAGAACUUGCUGUGAAAGUGAGCAGCAAAGUCAGGAAGCUGGAUCUUGCAAAGAGCAGAGUUCAAGCAGCCAUUGAUCGUACCGGAGAUAUACUUGAUCUUAAGUCUUGUGUUGAUGGUGUACAGGAAGCAUUGAAGCACGAGGAAUAUGAACAAGCUGCAGGACACAUACAUAGCUAUUUGUCCUUGGACGAAAAUAUGCUACGAAAAGCUGUUGAAGAUGGUGGUGAUUUAGAAGGAUCCGAUCUGAAGAACGCAUUUACGUUGAUCCACGAUGCCGAACGAAAAAUCAAGAAACUCAUCACGGAAAAAUUCGACGAAGCUGUGCGCAUGUCAGAUCGUGCUUCCAUAGAAAGAUUCUUCAAGAUCUUUCCGUUAAUUGGCCUUCAUGAAAUUGGUUUAGAAAAGUUUGCGCGAUAUAUAAAGGCCCAGAUUGCUACAAAGUCCCAGGAAAAGCAAGAGGUCGCGCGUGGACUCCCCGAUACCGAUGGACGUGCUAGUGUCGUGUUUGCCGAAACGUUGACGAUGCUUUACGAGGACGUGGCGAGAAUCGUGGAAGCUCAUCAGCCACUUGUUGAAACAUACUAUGGACCCGGACACAUAUUUCCUCUUUAAAGGCUCCAGGAAGAAUGUGACAGACAGGCCGAAGCCAUCACCAAUCAAUUCACAAAUAAAAGAGAUUUUUAUGCCAAGAUAAAAUCCAUUCAACAGAUGUCAACUUCGAAGAGCUCGAGUGCUAACUUUGAAAGAAUAGAUCCGCGAAGUUUGGACGUUUUGCUCGGAGAGAUUGUUCUCAUGAAUGCGAGGACUGAAUUGUAUUUCCGUUUCUUGAAGAAUCAAGUCGUGGCUGACAUGGAAGUUUUGCCAGAUGAAAAUAAACCGAAAGAUGUUCAAAAGAUACUCGAAAAACUGAUCACGGAGAGCGAUCUCAGUCGAAAAAUGCAAGAAAUCAUUGGAUCUUAUAUCAUUAUGGAGGAGUUUUACAUGCGAGAAUCUGUUAGCAAGGCAAUCGAUUACGACACUUUUGAAGGCUAUGACGAGGAAACUGUGACGUCAAGUAUGGUCGAUGACGUAUUUUUCAUCAUUCAAAAAUCUCUUAGAAGAACAAUGGCUAGUGUUAGUGUUGAUGGAGCAUGCGCAAUGAUGAACCACGCUGGUACUUUGUUGGAUACAGACUACAAAGGCGUUCUUCAACAAAAAAUUAAACAAGGAUUUCCUUCUGGAAGUCUUGAUUUUGCUGGUGUGCUUCAAGGUAAACUACAGGGUGGACUCUCGUCCAGUUCUGAUACUGCAGCCGCCAGAAAAGCCUUUCUCGGCGCCCUCAACAAUCUUCACGCAACAUGUGAAAAUAUACAAAAGUUGAAGCGCGAUCUUGAAGUCGACUGUUCCAAGCUUACCAGCAUGGCUGGUGAUCACGUAACAGGGAAACUUGAGAGUGGUCUUUCGGAUUUAUCCAACGCAAGCACGGCAUUCAGAGAUCUCAUUCAGGUCGGCUGUCGGCAAUUAGCGGAUGUUGCCGUCAUUCCACGAUUGAAACCACAGAUUGAUGGAUUUCAUUCAAUCAACCACAAUAUAACUGAGGAUGAGUUUGCUGUAUACGAAGUAAAUGACCCUUUUGUGCAAAAUCUUAUUUCAACUAUGGAGUCGUCUCUCAUUACCUUUAAGGGUCCUCUUGUGUCUGAAAGUUAUGAUUCGCUCGUGUACCUCGUCACAAAUGAAAUUGCCACAUUAUUGGAAAAAGCUGUAUUCAAAUCCAAGUUCAACCGGCUUGGGGGCCUUCUCUUUGAUAAAGAAUUGCGCUCUUUGGUCGGAUAUCUGACUGCAAUAACACAGUGGACUGUGCGCGAUAAGUUCGCCAGACUCACACAGAUGGCGACUAUAUUAAACUUGGAACGGGUGAGUGAGAUUAUGGAGUACUGGGAUUCAAGCUCAGGACCGCUGACCUGGCGAUUAACACCGAAUGAAGUUCGACAAAUCAUGGCUCUCAGAGUCGACUUUCGUCCGGAGGAUAUCAACCGGUUGAAACUCUAACGCAAAACAUGCGCUCUUGUGCAUCUUCCUGCAUGGUACAGUGAUUUCAGAUUGAAAUUUGUCCAUCCUUUUCAAUCACUAGAUUGUCUUAAUAUUGACUGUAGGUAGUAAUUUUAUGUUCAUAAAAAAUGUCAUCUUUUUGAAAGGUGUCACAAUUUGCCAUGAGAAAUCAUAUGUGAUGUGGUCAAAAUAUAUUAUUAUUAUACUGCA